AUGAAGCCCUGGGUUCUCCCACUCAUCAUGCUCAUCUAUGGGGUCGUGAUGCUUCUGCCUGUGCUGGGUGGUAUCAAGAACAAACAUCCAACAGGUUUUACAGAUGACACAGGAGAAACUGAGCAGUGCUGGGUACAGCCUCCGGAAAGUUUUUGUGAGGAAAGGUGCACUCGAUCACUAACAUGUUUACAACCAAAUCACACAUGCUGCUGGACCUUCUGUGGAAACAUCUGCUUGGACAAUGAAGAACCCAUGAAAUCAUUGCUAAACCUUCGCUAA